GCUGCACCCCUCCCCCCCUUCCUUCCUUUAGCCAUGUCCAGAGCUAAGAAUAACUGUUCCAGGCCUGGCCCCUGGCCCUGGCGGAAGCCACAGCCGCAGGGGUACAUCCUGAGCCUGGCCUCCCAUCAACAUCUGCCCUCCAGCCAGCAGCGGCCCAGCUGCUCAUAUCCAUGGGCAGUGCCGGUAUGGCCCAGAGCUUACAACUGCAAGACUCCGGUCCCAGGAGUCAUGCUGGAUGCACCCAUGCAGCCUCCACAUCAUGUUCCAUCCCUGACCCAGUUUACCCUUGCAGACAACACAAAAGCAGGAUAGAGCCCAGCAUCCUUUACCUAUGCGUGGCUCUGUUCCAGAAAAAACUUAUUAGAGCUGAGGACAAAGGAAGAGUAUGAGGCCUCCUUCCCUGCCUCCCCUCAUCCCUUUGGGAACCCCACAUCCUCUUCCCACCACUGUGGCUCGACAGGCAUCAUACCAUUCUUGCCACCACUGUGAGUCACACACCAGGGGAACUCCUGUACAUCCCACAAAGCCCCACUCCCAAAACCCUUUCACCACAGAAUGACUUCACAGCCAGACUUUAGGCCACCCUAGACCAAGACAUUUGUUUGGCUGUGCUGCCCAACUCCCAGAAACAGGUGAUCUGUCUCCCUUUCUGUCCUAGCUUGGGGAAACCUGGUGGCCCCACCCAAAUUUGAGGUCACAAAGGAGAUCCAGAAGAGCCUUGCAGCCUGGGCUUUACCUGUCUGGGAAACUACACAGCCAGCCCUCUGCUCGGCUCCUGGGACACAACGGCGAUCAUUGAGACCUGAGCCCCCCAGGAGUUGCUGGAGCUUUCCCAGCUCAACAUCACCAGCCACCGGUGCCUGAUGGGGUGGUGACCCAUCAUUCCACCAGACUGGAGAACCAUGUGGCCCAAUGUCAGUUCUCCAGGGCCCUGUUUCCGUCCCAUGAACAUCACUUUGGAGGAGCGACAUCUGAUCGCCUCGCCUUGGUUCGCUGCAUCCUUCUGCGUACUGGGCCUGGCCUCCAACCUGCUGGCCUUGAGUGUGCUGGCUGGAGCACGGCAGGCAGGGGGACCGUCCCCACGCUCCUCCUUUCUCACCUUCCUGUGUGGCCUGGUCCUCACGGAUUUUCUUGGGCUGCUCAUCACAGGUGCAAUUGUAGUGUCCCAGCAUGCUGCUCUCUUCGACUGGCAGGCCGUGGACCCCAGCUGUCGUCUCUGCCACUUCAUGGGGGUGGCCAUGGUUUUCUUUGGCCUGUGUCCUUUGCUUCUAGGAGCUGCCAUGGCCUCUGAGCGCUUUGUGGGCAUCACCUGGCCUUUCUCCCGACCCACAGUGACCUCCCCGCGCAGGGCCUGGGCCACAGUGGUACUGGUAUGGCUGGUGGCCCUGGGUCUGGGGCUCCUGCCCCUGCUGGGCCUUGGCCACUACACAGUCCAGUACCCUGGGUCCUGGUGUUUUCUGACUCUGGAUGCCCAACCUGGCGAUGUGGCCUUCGGCUUGCUGUUUGCACUGCUGGGCAGCCUGUCAGUGGGAUUAUCCUUUCUGCUCAACACAGUCAGCGUGGCCACACUCUGCCGUGUCUACCAUGGGCGAAAGGCCACACAGCAGCGCCCACGGGACUGUGAGGUGGAGAUGAUGAUUCAACUUGUAGGUAUCAUGAUGGUGGCCACUGUGUGCUGGAUGCCUCUGCUGGUCUUCAUUGUGCAGACUGUACUGCGGACGCCCCCCGUCAUGAGCCCUGAGGGGCAGUUGUCCCAGGCCACGGAACACCAGCUGCUUAUCUUCCUGCGUGUGGCCACAUGGAACCAGAUCCUGGACCCCUGGGUCUAUAUCCUCUUCCGCCGAGCAGUGCUGCGACGCCUGCACCCCCACCUCAGUUCCCGGCCCUGGGCUCUGUCCUUGCGGCCGCCCCGAACCCAGGACAUGCUCAGUGAACCUUGAAGGACAACAGGACCCAAGCCUUGGGCCCUCUGUGACCAUUGCCAGCCUGUGCCGUGUGGCAGGAGCCCGAGUGCCUUGUAGACAGAGGGCUGGAGACAUCAGAUGGGGCUGAAUCCUGUGGACCAGGAGGAUUGCCCCCUCAUACCAGGAAAGUCUUCUCUGAAACCCAGGGACUCCUCCAUGAUCCCCCAAACCCCUCCCCAUCCCCCAGGGAUGACUCCUUGCUCAGGUGUGGUGCUUGGGGCACACAUUGGAGGCUCAAAACGUGGGUACCUCCCUAGCAGGAAGCCUCCUAAAUUGGGCUCCCUCAGAAAAACUUUCUUCCAGGGACACUGGGGACCAGCUCAGACUCCAAGCCAGACAAACCUUGCUGGGACUGUGAACAGGUUGGGGAACACUCCUGUCUUGCCAAGUCUAUCUCUGAGGUCCCUGGCUUCACUUUCCUCAGGUCCAGGGGUCGUCAGCCUUGGGGGUUGAGAGCAUUGCCCCCAGUUCCCACUGCCAGGAGUGGGGAUCACCCAUCUCCUGGGUUUCUACACACCUGUCUAAAACAUUACACACUCAAUAAAUGGUUGAAUGACCAGUGAA